AUGAUUCACCCGUUUUAUUGGCAGUCGAUUCUCAAUUUCCUGCCCAAACUCAACCAAAUCCUACAGAUAAAAUCGGUUUUUCUCCCAAAUGAAAGGCGAUCGAUAAUAAUUGUAAGUAACGAUAACGUAAAUGAAUCUGGUGUCAACCAUAAAAGUGAUAUCAAUGAUAAUUGUAUGGAGGUUUUCAAUUGUCUCAUCCUCCUAACCUUUUCUCUUCUUCUUCUCCCUUUCCUAUCCUCAUCCUCUCAUUUCUUCCUCCUUCUUUCCUUUCAUCCUACACUUAUUUUCUCACCUAUUCUUCUCCCUAUAUCUCCUACUCCUCAUAUUUCCUCUUUUUCUAUCUUCUCCUCAUCCUUCUUUCUCCUCUCUUCAUUCUCUCAUUUCCUCAUCAUUCUCUCCUCUUCUCACCCUCUUCUCAUUCUUUCUCCUUUCCCCUCUUCUUCCAUCCUCCCCCUCUCCACUUCUGCUAGCUCUUUUUACUAA